AGCAACCAAUAGCAGACUCAGGAACAGGCUUGAACAAUGUUUUGUUUAUAUAUAUAUCUUUGUAAAACCAUAAUUAGCUAAAAAUGGUGGAUGAAUACUGGACUGUGGCACAGUGUCACAGCUGCGUAGCUGUGGGAGUUAUUGAAAAGACUGGCUGUGAAAAAAGAUACAUUGCAUGGUUAUAUUAGGUAUUAUCCCAAGGAGAACCCACAAAGAUACGUAAGAAAUGCCUGGAAUGAUGGAUAAAGGGUCGGAGUAUCUCGGAAAGGGACGCUCUAACGGAACAAAAAGCCCUUCAAAUGCAUCGAAUGGACAUUUUUCUGAUGAGAGUGGCAGUGACGACGAACACGAUGUCGGAAUGCGUGUGGGAUCCGAUUAUCAAGCCAAUAUACCAGAAUUUGAUCCUGGUUCUACCAAGUACAGUGAUAAAGAUAGUGGGGGAAUGUUGGUGUGGUCUCCAUAUCACACCAUUGUCGACCCAAAAUUGGAUGAAUAUAUUGCCAUUGCAAAAGAGAAGCAUGGAUAUAAUGUUGAGCAGGCAUUGGGCAUGCUGUUCUGGCACAAACACAACAUUGAGAAGUCCCUGGCAGACCUGCCCAACUUCACCCCCUUCCCCGACGAGUGGACCGUGGAGGAUAAGGUGCUGUUCGAACAAGCCUUCAGCUUCCACGGAAAAAGCUUCCACAGGAUUCAACAAAUGUUACCAGACAAGUCCAUAUCCAGCCUUGUGAAGUAUUACUACUCCUGGAAGAAGACCCGGUCCAGGACCAGCCUGAUGGACCGCCAGGCCAGAAAGCUGGCAAACCGAAACGCCCAAGAUGAAAGUGAUGAAGAAAUGGAGGAGGCCAACCCCAUUGAAGCAAACGAUAGCGAUUAUGACCCAACCAAGGAGACGAAAAAAGAGAGCCACACGGAGCCCCAGCCCCUGAGCUCCUCCAAGAUUGGGCUCGGCCGACGGGAGCACCUGACGCUCAUGCACCGGCAUCACUCACAGCGUUCCAAGUGCCGGCCACCCAAGGGCAUGUAUCUGACCCAGGAGGAUGUGGUGGCAGUGUCGUGCAGCUCCAGCGCUGCCAACACCGUCCUUCGGCAGCUGGACAUGGAGCUGGUGGGCCUCAAAAGACAGGUUCAAAAUGCAAAGCAACUGAACAGUGGUCUGAAACACAGGAUGGAAGCGGGCAUUGAUGACUUCAGGCUGCCAGAGUGCAACCAAAAAGUUAAUGCCCGCUGGACAACAGAUGAACAGCUUCUGGCAGUUCAAGGUGUCCGGAAGUACGGGAAAGACUUCCAGGCCAUUGCCGACGUUAUCGGUAAUAAGACGGUAGGGCAGGUAAAGAACUUCUUUGUGAACUACCGCCGGCGGUUUAACCUGGAGGAGGUGCUGCAGGAGUGGGAGGCGGAGCAGGGAACUGGCACCCCCAACGGUGACACUGCCACAUCUGGCGAGGAGGGGAAGAACAGCUCCAACACCCUUUCUGGGAAGAGUACGGACGAAGAGGAGGAGGAGGUGGUGGAGCGUUCCUUUAUUCCCCUAAAACAAAAAAAUGUUUACCUUCCCAGAAACCCCUUCUGUGAUUUCGCUAUGGGAGUUGGCCUCCCACAAGCAGGGCCAGGUGACCCUCUCGUCAGGCCCUUCUCCCGCUGCCACUUCCUCUGCAACUUUCCAGACCCUGGUGACGUCGUCGGCAACCUCGCUCAACCAGCCACCCCCGCUCCUACGGCCCUCCCUGCCGGCCACCCCAGCCCUCCACAGGCAGCCGCCCCCUCUCCAGCAGCAGGCCCGCUUCCUCCAACCCCGGCCCGUGCUCAACCAGCCCCCCCCACUCAUCCGGCCCUCCAACCCCCAGCCCCCGCGCCUCAAUCCCCGGCCGCUUGUCCCUAACUCCACAGGGUGCCCAGGCUCCAGCCAGCCGCCCCCCACCCUGGUGGGUAUCCCAUCGGAGACGUUGUCCUCCUCCACGCUGCACUGAGUGUGUGCAAUGGCGAAGGAAGAAAACUGAAAAGUCGUGGUCGUUUUUUUUAACUUGGUCGUUUGUUUGCUGUUGUUUUCCUGAAGGUCGUCAAUCGUUGGUUGUUAUGAGGAAAUGAUGUAUAUUAAUGAGAAAAGUAAAACCGUUGAAGUUUUUAAAGUAUAUGUAUAUUAGGUUAGGUCUUAGUUUUUUUAUUUAUUUGAAAUCACUUUUUUUUUUAUUCACUCAUCUUUAACAGACUUGCUUAGAUGUUAUGUGUUGGUGAUGUUAAAGAUUUACUAGAAGCAUUGGUUCUUUUUGAAAGUGUUCUUGGCUUCUGGUUAAUGUAUAUUUUACAAACUGGCAAAAUUUGCAAGUAGUAUAUAAACAAAAGGUAUAUUGAAGACACUAUGAUGGACAAUACACACAACUAGUGAAAAGGUGGCGUUGCCAUAUUUCUGUUGGAUUCUUUGAUUUGCUGUAACGCAUAUUUGUUCUUUGAGCGAAUAUAGACGUGUAUCUUUUAUAUAAGCAUUAUUUAUUUUUCUACUCGGUGCUAUGGACUUGACUGAUUUUUGCCUAUGUCCAGUAUAAUAAUAACCAUUGUGUAAGUGCUCUUACACGUCUAGGACAACUGUAUUUACGUGAUUGAAUUGAUCUAAACUGGAAGAAACCGAUUGAAAAAAAUUAUGAACCGGUUAAUAAAAUGAACUUGUUUAAUGUAAUAUUAAGCUUCGAGGGUGUCACUGUCAGUCAAUUGAUUGUUGUAGUCAGUGAGACACAUUUUCAGGAAUUUGUUUAAAUGAUUUUCAUUUAAGAUAUAUUGAAGAACAAAAUGUUUGACUUUUGUACAGUUGUGUAAUUUGGUUGCAUAAUUUGAAACCAUGAUGAUCAUAACUAAAACAAAAUCCAAAAGCGUGUUUUUGACGGUCGCCUAUCAGUUAUUCCCAGUGUAAGAUGUGGCAUAGUCCCUAACAUAUCCAUUCAAAUAUUUCUAACAUUUUGUUUUAUGUUGUCUGUCCAGCUAUGAUCAAUAGUUUCUUACCAAGUUUAGGGAAUGAAUGAGUGCCACUUCAUGUUCGGGGUUGAAAGAUUCCGUAAAAUGUUAUAUGUUCUCCAGAAAUCCUGGUUGUAGUAAGAUUUCUGGAACGUUUCUCAAAUUCUGCCUCAUCACUGUUAAGGAAUGGAGGAUGAAAUAGGCUAAUUCACUACUGUACAUGGUGACAAGCUUGUUGAAAUGUGAACUUAAAUGACCUUUGAACCACUAAUACACUGAGUCAUUAAUCCUUUCCUGUGGAAAUAAUGUGGCCAGAAGUAAGUAUAAUCAUGGACAUUGAGGACUUGCAUUUUGCCUUAAAAAUACAUGACAUUGUGUUUACUAUGCUAUUCGCUUGCCAUUAUUUCGGUCUCUCGUUGCACUUGCAUUUCAAUCAAGUGUCUUUCAAACAUUUUUCAAUUCCAUGUCUAUUGUAGUACAUUUAUUUGGUUUGUCCUAUGUUGUCAUAGUAAAUCAUUACAUUUCCCUGCCUGCUUAAAUUGAAAUGAAUAUUGCCCCCAAAAAAUAGCAUACUGGUGCAAUCCCAAAUAUACAACUAUAAAUAGCACUUAAGUUUAUAAAAAACAUUUGGAAUUGUUGCAUAGUUUACCUUUAAUUGAUUUGUCUACUUUAGCCUAAAUCAUUUUAUCAGCAUCCAGCGUUGUUUCUGAUAUUUCAUAUGCCUAAUUGACAAUUGAAUGGUUUCCCAAAAUCAUCACGCCUCAAUGUAACUGCUGUGGAAGAAUUCUAAACAAAUGCAAUUAAAUAGCAUAGGCUUAUGUAAAUAAUACCGCCACACUGGGCAGACAUCAGUUGGUCUACUUUUGGUUACCAU